CGUCAGCGUGAACAGCCAGAAAAAUAAUAAUAAUUUUAUCGAUAGUAUUAUCGCAUUUUUUAUAUUAAAAAAGCGAAGCAUAAAACGUGUCAAGUAUCUGUGCCAGUGUAGGUUACGGUGAUAACAAUAUCUGGUUACGGUUAUUGAAUUUUGGAAAAGGAAUAUUUUGGUUACAGUGUCAGUGUGGAUUAAUAUCAGUCAAAUAGAAAAACUGGGACAAUUUUUAUAGGAAUUACGUCUACAUGAUUGAGUUUUUUUGGAGAUUUUGUGUCAAUAGAAAUAUAUGAAGAAAAUUAUAAAAGAUGCGGGGUUGGUUUGUCCGUCAACGACCCUGUUCGCUGUUAGGAUGCGGUCGGUAAGAGUGAACCCCCCGAUGGGUAAUGCCAGUGCGCUCCGCCUGCAUCAUCGGAAAUAAUGUAAUAUCCAGGAGCAGCGUAGCCGGGCGAAAGACCGCAGCCAGAAUGGGCUGUGGCCACAGCAAAAUCAACAUUUACCCGAGGAAGUCGAAAACAAAGCAGAGUUCGUCGAAAAAGUCCGUGACUCCGGAGAAGGCCGAAUCUGAAGAAGAAGACGGCAUAGAAAAUGAGCCCGAGUACAAUAAAGAAAAUCUAGAAGACUGCGAUGCGAAGAAAACAAUUAAAAUCAAACCUUUCGGUGGGCCAUUAUUAGCACAAACGGAGAUCUCCACUAGUCAACAGGAUUUUUUCAAAAUGUUAGACGAAAAAAUAGAGAAUGGUCCUGACUACAAUUCGGAGUCAGAAAAUGAAAAAAUGGCGGAAAGAAUGCGUUUGCGUGACUUGUUGAAGGAAUGGGAAACGGCAUCAACUACAUCGGGAUCCCAAAGUGGCACGCCGAAGAGAUCGCCCGCUAGAAGAGGUCCCAGUAGAAAAGGAGAAGCGGUAGUUCCCCAGGGACUAGAAGGAACGCGAUUGGUCAAUGAUGGCAAAGGAUAUAUCGUACAGGUAUCUCAAAACGUCAUCCACCAAUCGUACGGCCUCCCCCCACCUCACCAAGAUCCACCACCACCGCUUCAACCGCCGCCUCUUCCACCCGUUCAACAAAUAAUAUACCGACAGGCCACCUACACCAACCCCAACUACGUUAUCCCGGGCAGCACCAACGUCCAGCUCGCACCCUGUCCACCAACGGCCGCCUACCCUACAGCCUUGCAAUACCAAGCCAUCGUACCUAUGUACAGCAACCAGCCUAGCAACUCACCACCGGUACCCGUUGCCAAGCAGUACCUUAAUUAUAACCAUUACGGGGCGAACAUGGUGAAAACGUACUCGGGUGGUACGGGGGUGUAUGGUUCUCCGAAGCAUCAGUACCAUCACCAAGCGGGUGGUAUGGGUUACGAGCAACAGGUGUCGUAUUCGCCAAAUGUGGGGCUUAGGAUGUAUAGUAGUGGGGUUAAGGAUGGGGUGCCGUUGUACAGCAAUGGGGAGCUGACCAGUCAGCAGCAUCGCAGCACCCAGCCGAUGGGGCACUACCAACAGUACAAAGGACUUCAGAUCCAGCACUCGUCCCAGUCAGGACCGUACGAGCAGUCUCCUAGGAACUAUCACGUCAUACCCCCGCCGCCGCCGCCUGGCAGUACGCCACUGGCCAUCGCCAAAGGCAGUGACGUCAUGGUGCAGAAGCACUACGAAAUGGCGUGAUGGACAGAGACGGUCGUGCUGACAGUCCGCGUCAAUUUCUUUUUCUAGUAAGAAAACUGUGUUUGAUGUGGUUCAACGAUUAUUUUAGACGAGUUGAUUUAAAAAUGACUUAAAUCAUUUAUAGUAAAACAAUUUAGCUAAGGUUAUUGUAACAAUAACAUACUGAAACUUUAGAGUGUCUUACAAUGUUAACUUUAAAAAUAAACUAUCUACCCUUUAUAUUCACUAUAAAAGGGUUAAAAAAGUUUAAAUGGACUACAUAUCGUGUAAUAGGUAUAGCAAUUUUUUUUCAUCAAAACAUACAGUUUCAUGUUGCCAAUUAUGUGAAGAUUUACUAUAAACCUAUUUCAUGAUUUUUCUAAAUAUCAAAGGUUUCAUUUGGAGGAGAGUCUUGAAUUUGGUCUUUUUGUAAAAAUAAAGGCACAAACAUAUAGAGUAUCCUCAAAAAAGUCUGCGUAGAAUGGAUUUUUUAUUAGCAGAGACUUGCUUAGCUUCGAGAAUUUGCUUUCCUUCCAAAUUUUGUCUCUCCCAUUAAUUUCAAUAUUUCGUCGAAUAUUUUGACCACUCCUUGUAUAUUAACCUUAAUAUAUCGAUGCCGUAUUUAAUAUUACUUAAUCUGACACA